AGCCCGGCGGUUGAACGGUUUGGCCCUGAGCAGUUCUUGUUGGUUUCCCGGUUGGUCUGUGACGGUUUUUCGAUUGGUUCCGGAUGGAGAAGCAGUCCCUCCCAGCCUCGUCCUGCUCCCUGGUCCACCUGGAGGAGACCAAGAAGGGCCCCCUUCACCUCACCAAUGGCGGCGGCGGCGGCUACCCCCCGCCGGGCGCCAACGGCAACCUGGUCCCGCUGGCCUCGGUCACGACUUCUGGCUGCUCCCCGGUGGGCGCCGCUUGUGGUGGAGCAGACAAAAAAGUGGCUGGCGGCGGCGGCGGCGGUGUGGCCAAUGGCGCGGGGCCCGUGGGGUACCAGGAGCGGGAGACCUGGACCCGGCAGAUGGACUUCAUCAUGUCCUGCGUGGGCUUUGCCGUCGGACUCGGGAACGUGUGGAGGUUUCCAUACCUGUGCUACAAGAACGGGGGAGGCGUCUUCCUCAUCCCCUACCUGCUCAUCGUGUUCGUGGGAGGAAUCCCCAUCUUCUUCCUGGAGAUCGCCCUCGGUCAGUUCAUGAAGGCCGGCAGCAUCAACGUCUGGAACAUUGCGCCGCUUUUUAAAGGUCUGGGCUACGCCUCCAUGGUGAUCGUCUUCUUCUGCAACACCUACUACAUCAUGGUGCUGGCCUGGGGCUUCUACUACCUGAUCAAGUCCUUCAGCUCCACCCUGCCCUGGUCCGACUGCGACAACGAGUGGAACACGCCCAGCUGCAUCGAGAUCUUCCGGCACCAGGACUGCAAGAACGCCAGCUUCGCCAACGUGACCGUCGGCGACCGCAACAUGACCUGCGCCGAGCUGGCGUCCGGGCGGUCCCCCAUCAUCGAGUUCUGGGAGAACAAAGUGCUGAACAUCUCGUCGGGCCUGGACGAGCCCGGACAUAUGAACUGGGAGCUCAUGCUGUGUCUGAUGGCCGUGUGGGUCCUGGUUUAUUUCUGCGUGUGGAAAGGAGUCAAAUCCACCGGGAAGAUUGUGUACUUCACGGCGACCUUCCCCUACGUGGUUCUCAUCAUCCUGCUGGUUCGAGGAGUCACUCUGCCCGGCGCCUACGACGGCAUCAUGUACUACAUCAAACCCGAUUGGUCCAAACUUGAGGAGGCUCAGGUGUGGAUAGACGCCGGCACUCAGAUCUUCUUCUCCUACGCCAUCGGGCUCGGCGCUCUGACCGCCCUGGGAAGCUACAACCGCUUCAACAACGACUGCUACAAGGAUGCCUUCGUCUUGGCCCUCAUCAACAGUGGGACCAGUUUCUUUGCCGGCUUCGUGGUUUUCUCCAUUCUGGGCUUCAUGGCUGCAGAGCAGGGCGUCGACAUCUCCCAGGUGGCUGAGUCAGGCCCCGGUCUGGCCUUCAUCGCCUACCCGAAGGCGGUCAGUCUGAUGCCGGUGGCUCCCCUCUGGGCGGCGCUCUUCUUCUUCAUGCUGCUGCUGCUCGGGUUGGACAGCCAGUUCGUAGGGGUGGAGGGUUUCGUCACGGGGAUCUUGGACCUGUUUCCUUCGCGGUACUAUCACCGCUAUAAGAGGGAGAUCGCCGUGGCGAUCUGCUGCCUGCUGUGCUUCAUCAUCGACCUCUCCAUGGUGACUCAGGGAGGGAUGUACGUCUUCCAGCUGUUUGACUACUACUCAGCCAGUGGGAUGACUCUGCUGUGGCAGGCUUUCUGGGAGUGUAUCGUCGUGGCCUGGGUCUACGGAGCCGACCGCUUCAUGGACGACGUGGCCCGGAUGAUCGGCUACCGCCCGUUCCCCUGGAUGAAGUGGUGCUGGUCCUUCAUCACGCCGUGUGUGUGCCUGGGCAUCUUCCUGUUCCACCUGGUGAACUACAAGCCGCUGACCUACAACAACGUGUACGUGUACCCGUGGUGGGGCGAGGUGAUCGGCUGGUGUCUGGCUCUGUCCUCCAUGCUCUGCAUUCCCGUCAGCCUCCUCUACAAACUCUUCAGAGCCAAGGGCACCUUCAGAGAGCGUUGGAACCACCUGACCACGCCGGUUUGGGGCGCCCACCACCUGGAGUACAUGGCCCCCGACAUCAAGACGCUCAGCUCGCUGUCGCCCAGCACCGACGAGAACAAGGUCAUCAUCUUCGAGAGCGUGAUGUAGGGCGCGGCGCCCGUCCACC